AUGUCCGCACGCAGAACGAGAGACAGCUGCGCUGCAAUAAUUAUCGAGAUGAGUUCGAUAGACGGACUGUUAUUCGUAUGGCCUUUAUUUGAACGCGGCACAAUUAAUAUAUACUGGAAACAGUUAACAGGCAAAUUAGAACAGGUGCUGAAAAGACAAGGUCAUGCAGCUGUUCGUGAUACCUGGUCGUCGGGCGGCGUACUACUGUGUACAUUGCUAGCCGGACGUACUCUAUUUGCUAGUGGUCCUGAAGAUACCACUACUAAAAUAUACCAACUGCGUUGGCAACAGUAA